CCUGCUCUGCCGUCCCCUGCCGCUGGGUCGCUGAUGAUGCCGAGCGGAGCGGGGCGCUCGUACAUUUCUAUGUGCGGUUACAACCGCAGUUCGCAAGACUGAAGUCGGAUGAAACGGGAGAGGAGCCUGAAAUAUGAAGAUGGACGGUCCGAGCCGUUUCUCAUCGCUGGGACAGGUGUAACGUCGGCAGGCACGCGUGGAUUCAUCAAAGGGUCAACAUUUUAGGGCUUCACUUUGUCUGACAUUCAGCCAGCGACAGAAUGAUCGAGGAAGGCAGUAAACGAGGCAAGGCCAUGGUGGAGAAGAGGCAGCUCUUCAUGGAAAUGAGAGCUCAAAAUUUCGACGUCAUCAGACUGUCGACAUACAGGACUGCCUGCAAACUCCGGUUUGUGCAAAAGAGAUGCAACCUUCAUCUGGUGGAUGUCUGGAACAUGAUCGAAGCCUUUCGUGACAACGGGCUCAACACAUUGGACCACAACGCUGAGAUCAAUGUGUCACGGCUGGAGACCAUCCUGUCUUCCAUCUACUACCAGCUGAACAAGCGGCUGCCCACCACCCACCAGAUCAAUGUGGAGCAGUCCAUCGGGCUGCUGCUCAACUUCAUGGUGGCCACCUAUGACAGUGAAAGCCAUGGAAAGCUAACAGUUUUCUCCAUGAAAGCCAUGUUGGCAACAAUGUGUGGGGGGAAAAUUGUGGACAAACUGCGCUAUAUUUUCUCACAGAUCUCAGACUCAAGUGGAGUCAUGGUGUUUGCCAAGUUUGAUCAGUUUCUUCGAGAAGUGCUCAAACUCCCCACAGCCGUGUUUGAGGGCCCCUCAUUCGGUUACACGGAGGAAUACAUGUACGUUUGUGUUUGUCUCUAGAAGAAGAUCAUGCUGAACACAUUUUUGGAUGUGUUGAUGGCAGAUCCUCCCCCUCAGUGUCUCGUGUGGCUGCCACUCAUGCAUCGACUUGCUAAUGUUGAGAAUGUCUUCCAUCCUGUGGAAUGUUCAUAUUGCCGGAGCGAGAGCAUGAUGGGUUUCCGGUAUCGGUGCCAACAGUGCCACGGCUACCAGCUUUGUCAGAGCUGCUUCUGGCGUGGCCAUGCCAAUGGUCCCCAUAGCAACCAGCACCAGAUGAAGGAGCACUCAUCUUGGAAGUCUCCAGCCAAAAAGCUGAGCCAUGCAAUUAGUAAAUCUCUAGGCUGUGUCCCCAUUGGAGAGCCACCGCAUCCUGUGUUCCCUGAGCAGGCUGAGAGACCUCAGGAACUCACCCAUACCGUUCAGCCGAAACCAGUGGUCAACAACAUGAACGACACAAUGCUCAUGUCCUCUGGGACACCUACUCCUACCAAAAGUGUCUUGGAGAGUCCUAGCCGGUUAGAUGAGGAGCACCGCCUCAUCGCUCGCUACGCUGCCCGCUUGGCAGCCGAAGCAGGCAACUCCUCACAACAAUGUCCUCCGACAGAUCUGACUUUCAACUUUGAUGCCAAUAAGCAGCAGAGACAGCUGAUUGCAGAGCUGGAGAACAAAAACAGGGAGAUCCUCCAGGAGAUCCAGAGGCUGCGUUUGGAGCACGAACAGGCCUCUCAGCCGACACCAGAGAAAGGCCAGCAGAACCCUACGCUUCUGACUGAACUGCGACUCCUUAGGCACAGGAAGGAUGAGUUGGAGAGGCGCAUGUCAGCCCUGCAGGAGAGCAGACGAGAGCUGAUGGUGCAGCUGGAGGGGCUCAUGAGGCUGCUAAAGGAUGAGGAGCAGAAGCAGGCUUCCCAGUCUGGAGGGUCCCCUCAUUCUUCCCCCAGUCACGGUGCAGGCUGCUCCAUGCCCAUGCCCAUACGCUCCACCUCAGCUGGGUCCACCCCAACUCACACACCGCAAGACUGCCUGGCCGGAGUGGGAGGGGACGUGCUGGAAGCCUUCGCUCAGGGUGUACCUAGAAAUCUUCGGAAUGAUCUAUUAGUUGCUGCUGAUUCAAUCACAAACACCAUGUCAUCGCUGGUGAAAGAGCUCCAUUCAGUAGAUCACGGGGGAGAGGAAGAGGAGACCAAUAUGAGGAACGGUGGGGACAGAGGCACGUUGAGGGUACAGAAGCACUGAGAGAAGAACGCCACCAUCCCAUCUUGUGAGGACAUACAGUCAUCAACUGGAAAGAAUCAGCAACAACAACAACAACAACAGCUCCCUCUGGCAUUAGCACGUAGAGUAAUGCAUGCUGUAAUCUAACAGGAUUUCACUAUGUGAAAAAAAGUUUCUUCACACCUUGCAGGUAGCAAGAUGUGUCUAAUUAGCGAGUGUGUAUGUUGUGCUGUAAACAAAAACUGUAAUUACCCAAUAAUUUUCCUCAUGACUGCUCAAGAACGUCUUGCUGUGCUCCCCCCCCCCCACAUGUUCCAUAGCAGCAGAUCAUUCUGUAUAUUAAAUACUGUAAACACAUGACCAUGGGAACACCCCGACAUGCAGGUGAUCUCCUGUAAAAUGUUCCGUCAUUGCUUUUGUAUGAUUAGUGCUUUUGUUUUGUUUUUUGCAUGAAGUUGCACUCAUGUCUAAAUUUAGGUGCGGUACCAUGCAAUGCCAGUGCUUUGUGGGUUUACGAUGACAGCUGAGGUGUCAGAAGUGUCCUGCCUUGGAAAUUAUGUAGGGCGUGUUUACUUGUGCAUCCAUAUUCUGAUCUUCUAACAGGUAAAACUUGUAAAAGCAGUGGGCCGUUAACAAUAGACAGGGCAUGCUCCGGUGGAAAUGCAUUUAUUCCCUUUGUUACUAAGAUUGAGAUGAGAAGAUUUGGAACCAGUGUUGUAGCACUGUCCAGGACUCAGACUCAAGUCCCACUGACCGCAUUCGGACUUGCAAGUUGCUAAGGACUGACUUUUUUUUUUAAUGUUCGUUAUAAGGUCGUAAUAAUUUGGCAGGUUAUUUAUUGGCAAGCAAUAUAAUGAUGCAAUACACUGUUAGGAAAUUUGGAAUAUGAAAUGGUGAUGGCUGUGUGUCUCUUGUGUUUAAUGUUGACCUUGAUGACUCUAGCUUGGGUAACGGCUACUCAACUCGGGUUAUUCGAACACUGGGGACUUGAGACUCGACUUGGACUCGAGGUUUAGUGACUCAACUACAACACUGGCUGGAGCAUCUAAUCUAAGUCUCAACAAGAAAACAAAUUUACCACAUGCUGAACAAGCUCUCACCAGGAUAGCAAGGAAAUUAACAGUAAUACUACUUAUAUGCUCUUGUGUCCUGCAUUAUCCAUUACUGCAGUAUAAAGUUGCAAAUAUACAGCUUAUACCCAUUUUGACCAGGGAAAUAUGAGCUGGACUCCAGAAUAUUGUGCACAUGUAAACAUACUGAGUCACAUACUAUACUGCUGCUACUGUGCGCUCAGUGAGCCACCCAUGGAAAUAAGAGGGCUGAGCAGUUAGGAGAAACCUAUACUCCAAAUGCAGUAAUAUGUUGUUGCAGAGUCUCAUUGUUUCGUCCCACCGGAAACAUAACUGAACCACCUGAAGGGCAUCGUAACACUCAAUGCAGCAUAGUGCCUCCUUCCGUAAUACACUGGCUAGCUGGUAGCCUCAGUGUUUAUUGAUUAAGUUGUAGGGAAGCACCUCAGGAUGUUUAAUAGUAAUGAAUUAGACACUGAAUUUUAGUUGUGAGUUACAAAAUGAACACUGUAUGUGAGGAUGUAAGGUAGUUUUAAGCAAGUAGGUGAUGCUUAGAUAGUUUUAGUUAAUUGAUAAAAGAAUACUGACAAUGUUUAUGUGCAAUGAAGACAGGUGCUCAGGGACUGAAGAGCUACUCUAGGUGAAAUGUGGUGGUAUAGUAAUGUCUUUUAAAGCUAGAAAUCAUUUGCCACAGACAGAGAACUUAAAUGUUGUUAGGGUUUCACUCCAAAAUAUGCAUCUACUGUUAUUCACAAAUUAGUCCAGCAGUUCAUUUUAUUCGUAUUUAAUUUGUCAAUCUGUCUCAUUUUGGAAUGAAUCACUAAAGGAAAAUAACAGCAAGUGAUUAAAAGGUGGGUAGAAAUUGUGGAUUAUAAUAAGGAGAGGUUUUUCUUAAGUGCUAUUUGGUGAAGCGUGUUAUUGGCUAUAGUUUGUGUGAUUUUGUCUUUCACUGAAAAGCAAAACAAUUUGUUACAAAGGUAGCUGCCAACCAGAAAGGAUGUUGAACAGAGAUCACAUCUGUGUUACCUUUACAUUUCCCCCUCUGGUUCAGUGUUAUCUGUCCUUCAGGGUAACCAUUAAUCUCAAAUUAAAAUGGAAUGUCUGAUUCUUAGUAAAUGCAAUGUAAUGAAUAGCAGAGCAAAUGUUCAGUCUUUCAGAGGGGGGGUGAUUGGCGAAGUCUGACUGAACUAAACCACAGCGAGUGUGAACUUUUUGUUUCCAGAUGUGUACAGUGAACCUAUUCUAUAAGCUAAGUAAAAGGUUUCAGCAACCUGUUACACUGUGUCAAGAAACAGAACAAAAUGAGGCUCCUCUGUUAUUGUCAUUCUAAGUGUGAUGUUUCAUUCAGUUCUCCGUUCUGCUCUGUGUUAUUAUUACUGUUCUCAAUCUGGUUUACAGCAUUAGUGGAGUAUAGUUAUUGUAAAGAGUUUGUCAAAACGCAGAUUCAUGUGCACACUCACACUUAUAUAGCCGCCCAAAGCCAGUGCAACAACAUGAGUACCACAAUUUAAAAUUCUGUGACCACUGAUCUCAGUGUAUUCAUAUAAAACUGUCCAAAAAUGAUUACGCUACAGAGGUAAAAACUUGGGAAGUUACUGUCUUCCCCUUCAUUCUGGCCACAUGUUUAAAUGCAAAACAUUUUGUUCUUUCAGUUUGUGCCUGUAGUUGUUCUGUGAAGUACUGUAUAAAAUAACCAUUCUGCAAAUAAGAUGAUCUAUCAGCCUUUAUGUCAAACUUUUAGUCUGUGACUUUGUAGAGAUUUUAUUUAUUUAUUUAAUGUGCUCUGGGGGAAACUUAUGUUUAGCCUUUAUAUUUGUGCCAAACUGUUUGCAGACAUUGUGUGUCAUACAAAUUACAGGUAUAUAUCUAAAUAUAUCUGCAUUAAUAUGUUGUUGUUGCCCAUUGUUUAUUCACAGAAUGUCUGGAGACGCUCACAUUUAAUGGAUUUCACUGCAGGAAUCUGCUGGGGAAAACUCACAUUUAAUAGUUAAUCAAGAUUUAAAAAAAAACAAAACAAACAUUCCAAAUCUACCAAGAGAUCAUCGCCGGUGUCUCGAGGUAAUACAAAUACAACACAGCCAGUCAGACAGAAGUGAUGCUGUUUGCAGAGACAGUGCGUGAAGAGGACGGCCUCAAAGGCUCCCCUGACAUUUGUCAGUGUUUGUAUUCUGUAUGGUUACGUUUCUGGUACACACUUGUUUCUCAUGUUGAUUUUACAAAACAUAGUUUUAUGUCACAAAGCCACUUUUGUAAAUAAAUCAAAUGUGAGAUAUAUUAAAAACAUUUAAAAUAC